UCCUUGCACUGGUCAUGUCUGCUGCAACAAGAUAACUUUAGACACAAAGUUAUUAAUGAAAACCUCUUAAUGAAGUUUGUCAAGGACAGUCGUGCACUUGAACUACUGUAGACUUUCUGCCUCAUAAAAACAUGCCAAUAUUGAAAGUUCAAUGAUGGAGACCAUAUUGCAAGACCUACCUGUCAACAGAAGCUCAAAGGCAUGUAACUAUGCAUAAGUAGUUUGCUUGUGGAAGAAAAACAGCCUGCUCAGUCAGACAGCUCUCAGAAGAACAGUGAGGUGUGUUAGUGCUGCAAGACUGAUCAUCUACCUCCUUCAGACUUUAGUGAAUCCUCUAGAAACACAUAAGCAAUGAAGCAUCAUCUUUUUGUGCUCCUGCUUUUCACAGGAGUCCUUACCCUUGUCCUGUCUUUCUCUCGUAAGUACUAUCUGAUCCAGCAGAGCAAAACAUGGAACGAUGCUAAGGCUUUCUGCCGAGCCACAUACACUGACCUGGCUUUCAUCAAAACUAAUGAAGAGAUGGCCCAAAUUCAGAAGGUAUCACAGACACAACAAUUCGGAUCCAAUGCUUGGAUUGGACUGUACACUAACAUCAACAAGUGGCAAUGGACAUUGGACAAUGAGCCGCUUGGAAGCUUUACACCUUGGGCUAAUGGGGACCCUAAUAACUGGCUAGGAGAUGAACGUUGUGUUGGUAUUAUCUAUAUGGUAUGGAAUGAUGCACCAUGUAGAUGGCAGAGACCAUUUGUGUGCUUUGAUGACAGGAAGACUGGAGCUGACAGGUACAUUCUUAUUACUCAGUUUAUGACUUGGUAUAAUGCUCGGAGCUACUGCAGGCUGCAUCAUACAGACCUGGCCAGUGUGAGAAACCCAACAGAAAACUCAAUUGUUGGGGCAUUAAACAAUGGGUUCACUUGGAUUGGCCUUGUGAGAGACCCCUGGUAUUGGACAGACCAGACCACCGACGUGUCCGUCAUUAAGUGGUCGCCUGGAAACGCUGAUGAUUAUCUGAUGAAUAAAAGUUGUGUCUAUUUAUAUGGUGGUCAAGCUAAUGUAGAACAGUGCUCAAACAUGAUGCCUUUCUUCUGUUAUGUAUUCCCAACACAGAAGAAGACCAUAAGAAUGAAGUUGAAGUCCAGUCAGGAUGUGAAUGAUCCUACAAUAAUGACAGCCAUCGAGGAGAAGCUGAAGCAGAAACUGAAGGAUUAUGGAAUGGCUGAGAACAUCACUGUGACAUGGAGAAAGCAACCAGAUGGAGUGGUGUUUCACAAGGAGGAGGAAAACAUUACUGCAGUGACUAACACUAGGGAGACUUGUGAUCUCUAAAUCUCAUAUAGUGUAAAUUCUGUAGUCCACUGAU